CGCGGCGCCCGGCCGCCCCUGACGCGCCGCUCCGUCCCGGUGGUCGGCGAGCCCGAGCCGCCCGGGGCCCUGCGGCGCGGAGAUGAGCAGGUCCGCGGCGCUCUUCUUCUGCCUGCUGGGCUGCAACGUCUGGAAGGCGGUGACCAAGACGCUGCGGGAGCCCGGCGCCGGAGCCCAAGAGGUGACCCUGAAGGUCCACGUCAGUGACGCCAGCACCCACCAGCCCGUCCCAGAUGCGCUCAUCGAGAUAUUCACCAACCAGGUGUCCAUCGCUUCCGGCACCUCGGGGACAGAUGGCGUUGCCUUCAUCAAGUUCCCGUAUAAGCUGGGCAGUCAGCUGAUCGUCACCGCCACGAAGCAUGCCUACGUGCCAAACUCUGCCCCGUGGAAGCCAAUCCGAUUACCCGUAUUUUCUUCACUGAGCCUGGGCCUGCUUCCAGAACGAUCUGCCACUCUAAUGGUGUAUGAAGAUGUUGUCCAAAUAGUCUCAGGAUUCCAAGGUGCCCGGCCACAGCCUCGCGUUCACUUCCAGAGGAGAGCCCUGCGGCUGCCCGAGAACACCAGCUACAGCGACCUGACGGCCUUCCUCACGGCCGCCAGCGCCCCGGCCGAGGUGGACAGUUUUCCUUAUCUGCGAGGCUUGGAUGGAAAUGGAACAGGAAAUGGCACCAGGUAUGACCUGACCCCAGUCACGGCCGUCAGCGUCCACUUGCUCAGCAGCGAUGGAACACCGGUGCUGGUGGAUGGUCCCAUUUACGUCACUGUGCCUCUGGCCACACAGAGCAUUCUGAGGCACAAUGCCUAUGUUGCCGCGUGGCGGUUUGACCAGAAGCUGGGAACGUGGCUGAAGAGCGGUCUAGGCCUUGUGCACCAGGAAGGUAGCCAGCGGACGUGGACGUACAUUGCCCCUCAGUUGGGGUACUGGGUGGCGGCCAUGUCUCCUCCCAACCCAGGUCCCGUUGUCACACAGGACAUAACCACGUAUCACACGGUGUUUCUUUUGGCCAUUUUAGGAGGAAUGGCUUUCAUACUUUUGGUUCUGCUGUGUCUCCUUUUAUAUUAUUGCAGGCGGAAAUGCUUGAAACCUCGUCAGCACCAUAGAAAACUGCAACUCCCGGCAGCCCUGGAGAGUUCCAAACGGGAUCAGUCAACUUCCAUGUCUCACAUCAACUUGCUCUUUUCUCGUCGGGAGUCAGAAUUCCCUGGCCCCCUCUCUGUCACCAGUCACGGCCGCCCGGACGCCCCAGGGCCCAAGGAGCUGAUGAGCGGAGUCCAUUUAGAAAUGAUGUCUUCCAGCGGAGAAGUGGACAUGCACACCCCCAUGCUAAAGCUCUCCUACAGUACCUCGCAGGAAUUCAGCUCUCGGGAGGAACUUCUCUCUCACAAAGAAGAGCAUAAAAGCCAAAUCUCCUUUGAUAACCUGACACCAAGUGGGACGUUGGGAAAAGAGUAUCACAAGUCUGUGGAGAUUUUCCCCUUAAAGUCCAGGAAACCUCUGGAAAGAGAAGGCUGUGAGUCCCCGGGCAACAGCGAGUAUAGGAGGAGCUGCAAUGCCAUGCUGUCCCAGCCUUUGUUUGAAAAGCAAGACAGAGACGGUCAGGCCUCUGUGAACCAUAUCCCCACAGGAAGCAAGCUCACCAUUCAGGAACACAUGUACCCCGCGCCCUCAUCUUCCGAAAAGGACCAGCUGCUAGACCGCCGGCCCACGGAGUAUAUGAUGUCGCGGUCAGUAGACCACCUGGAGAGACCCACAUCCUUUCCGCGGCCCGGCCAGUUGAUCUGCUGUAGUUCCGUGGACCAGGUCAAUGACAGCGUUUACAGAAAGGUAUUACCUGCCUUGGUCAUCCCCGCUCAUUAUAUGAAACUCCCGGGGGACCAUUCCUACGUGGGCCAGCCCCUGGUCGUUCCAGCCGACCAGCAGCUGGAGAUCGGAAGACUGCAGGCGGAGCUCUCCAGUCCCCAUGCAGGGAUCUUCCCACACCCCUCCUCCCAGAUCCAAGCGCAGCCCCUGUCGUGCCAGGCAACCUCCCAGCAGCACUUGCAGGACGCGGGCACCCGGGAGUGGACGCCACAAGGUGCGUCCAUGUCAGAGUCUCUCUCCAUCCCGGCAUCCCUGAACGAUGCAGCCUUGGCUCAGAUGAACAGCGAGGUCCAGCUCCUGACCGAAAAGGCGCUGAUGGAACUUGGGGGUGGGAAGCCGCUCCCACAUCCCCGGGCGUGGUUCGUCUCCCUGGACGGCAGGUCCAACGCGCACGUUAGACAUUCGUACAUUGAUCUCCAAAGAGCCGGGAGGAAUGGAAGUAACGAUGCCAGCUUGGAUUCUGGUGUGGAUAUGAAUGAACCAAAAUCUGCCCGGAAGGGAAGAGGAGACCCCUUGUCCCUUGCGCAGAGCCACCCGGCUGUCCAGGAGCAUCCGCAGAAAGAGCCGAGGGCGGCAGACAGCACCUCCUACACGCAGCUCGUGUACCUGGACGACAUGGACCAAAGCGGCAGCGAGGGCGGCACCACCGUGUGCACCCCCGAGGACAGCGCCCUGCGGUGCUUGCUGGAUAGCUCCGGCCGGAGGAGCGGCGGCCAGCUGCCCAGCCUGCAGGAGGAGACGACCAAACGAACUUCGGACGUGCCCCCGGAGCCGCUCGCCAGCCCCGAACAGAGAAGAUCUGCUCAGGAGGACGACGAAGAGGAAGAUGAGGAGGACCAGGGAGAAGACAAGAAGAGCCCCUGGCAGAAACGGGAGGAGAGACCCCUGAUGGCGUUUAACAUUAAAUGAGCGAUCACAGAGCCACCCGGCCGUGGAAUAUAAUGCAGUUGCCAAAAAUCCUUUCUUCCGGAAGCAGUUUGCCUGUUCGGGGAAAACAUUGAACAGCGGCGUCCGUGGGAGCAGACUCUCGCUGCGUCACGGUUCACUGUGUAAAUGUCAGAAAAGAAUCAAAGUUAUGACAGAAUGAAGGAUGAUGUUCCCGGAUGCCUCGCCUCCAGGGAGAUGGCUGAACGUAGUGUCCGGACGUCACUCUGGGUCUCGGACACUGACAAACCACAAUGAUGUUGCUAAGGUUCUGCUGAUCACCUCAGUUCUCCCUCAGAUUCUGGGAACAGAUGAAACUCUUGUCACAUUGCUUGAAUCCAUUUUAUCACGAUAAUGCACCUGUGAAGUUAUUAUUGCGAAAUUAGCUUAGCACUUAGUGUCUCGAGGUAUGCAUUAUCUCAAAGGAAAGCUAUGCAUCGCUGCUUUGUGCUCUCACUUUGCUUAGGUUUUUUGUGUUGGUUAGGUUUUGUUUUGGGUUUGCUUUUUUAAAAAAAAAACAACAACACACACACACA